UACGCGUUUGCGGUGCGGUUAUUGUUGGUGUUGGGGCAUUUUUGUUGUAGCUGUAGUGCUUUAGUAAAAUUUUGUGGGAGCAUAAUGCAAAACUACAGACUGCGUGUGAAAAAAUUAAUGGAGAGUUUUAAUAUUUAGGUAUAAACGCCAACGCCGUUACAUGUCUUGUAUUGGAAACCGAUCGAUUUUUGACAAAGUAACGGGUGUGUGUAUGUGCGUGCGCGUGUUUGUGUGAGUGCUUGUGUAUGUAGAGUGAAAACAUACAUACAUACAUACAAGUACUAAGAGAAAACUCCACAAGAGCUGUAAGCAAAAACAACAGCAGCAGCAGCAACAACAACAACAGUGAAAUGUCUGCAACGGCUGCUAGCUACUUGGGCAUGGACGUCUCCACGCUCCCAGCUGAUGUUCGCGAAAAACUUGCUGAAUUAGACUUGGAGCUGUCCGAAGGGGACAUUACUCAAAAAGGAUACGAAAAGAAGCGAGCAAAAUUAUUACAACCCUUUUUGAAAAAACACGAAUCAAACGACGUGGACAAGACAAAAAACUUGCCUCCACCGCCAUACUAUAAUAUAAAAGAUGCCAACAAUAGCAACGCGAAUAGCGAUGGCGUCAUUAUCUCCAGUGAAGGCUAUAGCUAUGUCACCGAAGUACCUUCGCUCUCAUCAUCCCAGCAAAGACAACAUUCCAAAAAGUCAGAAUUUACUCCACAACAGUCAAGCGCUGUUAUAUCCGCCCCACAUGGAGGAGGUGCGCCUGGUUACGAGAACAUGCGACCGCAGGGUGGGGCCGUGGGUGAUCCAGGCUAUCAAAAUACACGAGAGCCUAGUAGUGGCUUCCAGAACAGCAGCAGCAGCAGCCAGCAUCGCCAGCGACGCACCCAACGCAAAGUAACGCACAAUGAGAAACGCUAUCACUCUGAAGUGCGCCAGGAGGCUGUUCAACAGGCACUAGCCGCACUCAAGAGUCGACCCAAGCCGAGCCUGCCAAUGCCCUCGAAACGGAGCUCUGUGCUCAAUCGGAGUCCUGGCUGCAACGAUGACUUGGACUCAUCUACCGAUGACGAGUCCAUACCUGAGGAGCUUAUUUCGCCAGAUAAGGAGUACAACUAUCCGCGCGAUCAUAUAAGCAAUAGCAUGCUUCCCCCCGAGCCCAUUAUAAAGCCACCAAUACGUGAUUCAUCAAUGGCCGCACAACAACAGCAACAACCACAACAAUUGCAUUUACGACAACACGAUGUAAAGCAAAGUCAAGCGCCAAUGCAGAAAUAUCUAUCGUCGGGCGAGCGACGACCGCCGCAAAAUUUGCCGCCAUUGCCCACUUCGGAUACUUCGAGCACUGAUUCGCCACCAAUUGCAUAUAAGCGUGAUAACGAUUUUGCUGAUAAAGCCUAUAAGCAAAAGCAUUUUAACGCUCCAGACAUAACGCAGUUUAAUAACGCACAUCGCAUAGCGGAUCGAGUGACGCGCUAUGUGAAUGUCUCGCAAACGGAGCUCAACGAGUCGGAUGUCAACGGUAAGUGGAAGGUCUCAGCCAAGAUACAGCAGUUGCUAAACACACUGAAGCGACCCAAGCGGCGACCACUCCCAGAGUUCUACGAGGACAACGACAUCGAGCUGGAGAUAGCUGCCAAUCCCAAGGAUCCGAAUGCACCCAAACCAGAGGGCAGCACCAUGACACCCGUGCAGGGUGAACAACUUUCUAUACCGGCUGGUCUACCUCGCACUUUGGAGUGCGCACUGCAGCGUUAUGGCACAAACUCGUUCAAGAGUUCCAUGGCCACGGUACUGGAUCCUAAUGGCAAGAUAACUACGACGCUUACAUACGGCAAGCUGCUGUCGCGUGCACAAAAAAUUGCCUACGCGCUUUCAACCAAAAUCUUUAGCAAGGGACCCGAACAGGUUACACUUAAGCCUGGUGAUAGUGUGGCUCUGGUCUAUCCCAAUAAUGACCCACUAAGCUUCAUCACCGCCUGGUACGGAUGCAUGUUUCGUGGCCUGGUGCCACUGCCCAUAGAGCUGCCAUUAUCCAGUUCAGAUACGCCGCCCCAACAAGUGGGAUUCCUCCUUAGUUCGUGCGGCAUAACUGUCGCGCUAACCUCGGAGGCUUGCCUCAAAGGUCUGCCGAAGUCGGCAACAGGCGAGAUUGCCAAGCUAAAGGGCUGGCCACGUCUGCAGUGGUUUGUUACCGAGCACUUGCCCAAGCCACCCAAGGAUUUCAAUGUUGGCAACUUGCGUAUUGAGGACACUGCGCCGGCGUACACAGAGUACACCACCGACAAAGAAGGCAGUGUGAUGGGCAUCACUGUUGCUCGCGCUGCUAUGAUAAAUCAUUGCCGUGCUUUGACCAUGGCCUGCCAUUACACAGAAGGAGAAACAAUCGUCUGCGUACUGGACUUUAAACGCGAGGUUGGCCUCUGGCAUGCUGUCUUGACAUCGGUGCUGAAUGGCAUGCAUGUGGUCUUUAUUCCGUAUGCGCUAAUGAAGCUGCGUCCUUCGUCCUGGAUGCAGUUGAUUACCAAGCAUCGCGCAUCGUGUUGUCUGGUUAAAAGCAGGGACUUACAUUGGGGCCUAUUGGCCACCAAGGAUCACAAAGACAUCUCAUUGUCUUCGCUGCGCAUGCUACUGGUCGCUGAUGGCGCUAAUCCCUGGUCACUUUCCUCCUGUGACCAAUUCUUGAAUGUAUUCCAGGCAAAGGGUUUGCGCUCCGAUGCCAUCUGCCCGUGUGCCAGCAGUUCGGAAGUGUUUACUGUAUCACUGCGCCGACCAGGACGCUCAUCGAGCGGCUUCAGCCAGUCGGCUACUGGACGUGGUGUUCUUUCUAUGGCUGCGCUCUCACAUGGCGUUGUGCGCGUCGACAGCGAAGACUCACUCACCUCGCUAACGCUACAGGACUGCGGUCAGGUUAUGCCUGCUGCCCAGAUGGUUGUAGUGCGGUCCGACGGAGCGCCUGUGCUCUGCAAAACAGACCAGGUGGGAGAGAUCUGUGUGACAAGCGGUUCCACUGGAGCCAGCUACUUUGGUCUCGAUGGCAUGACCAACUCAACAUUCAAAGUGCAGCCUCUCCUUGAAGAUCCGGAGCAACCCAAGGAGGGCGGUGGCACCAUACUUGCUACACCCAAGCCUAUAAGCGAAGAAUAUUAUGUGCGCUCCGGUCUUUUGGGUUUCCUUGGUCCCGGCGGUCUUGUCUUUGUUUGCGGCUCACGCGACGGAUUAAUGACUGUAACAGGUCGCAAACAUAAUGCGGAUGACAUAAUUGCCACCGUGCUGGCCGUGGAACCCAUGCGCUUUAUCUACAGAGGUCGUAUCGCUGUCUUCAGCAUUAAGGUCUUACGUGACGAGCGCGUUUGUGUCAUAGCCGAGCAGCGUCCUGAUUGCUCCGAAGAGGAAAGUUUUCAAUGGAUGUCACGUGUGCUGCAGGCCGUUGACUCAAUACACCAAGUGGGGAUAUAUUGCCUGGCACUCGUGCCGCCCAAUCACUUACCCAAGACGCCUCUAGGCGGCAUACAUCUCUGCGAGGCCCGUCGCCGUUUCCUAGAGGGUUCACUGCAUCCGGCGAAUGUUCUUAUGUGCCCGCACACUUGCGUCACCAACUUGCCCAAGCCACGCGAGAUGCACCAAGGUGUGCAAACGACCGCAAAACUAAGCUCCUCAUCUGGCUGUGGUAUUACAGACACAGGCGUAGGGCCCGCCUCCGUCAUGGUUGGGAAUUUAGUUCAGGGUAAUCGCCUGGCUGUCGCACAUGGGCGUGAUGUGGGCAUGGCCGAGGACGGCGAGCGCAAGCCUCAACUGAUUACAGGCGUAUUGCGUUGGCGCGCCAACACUUCGCCAGAUCAUAUUAUUUUUACGCUGCUCAACUCAAAGGGCGCUAUAGCCAAAACGCUGACCUGUUCAGAACUACACAAGCGAGCUGAGAAGAUUGCAGCCUUGCUGCAGGAGCGUGGCAAAAUUGAGCCAGGCGACCACGUCGCUCUUAUAUUUCCACCUGGCUUGGACUUGCUCUGCGCCUUCUAUGGCUGUCUGUAUCUGGGGGCUAUACCCAUUACCAUUAGACCGCCGCAUCCGCAAAAUCUGAUCACCACGCUGCCAACGGUGCGCAUGAUUGUUGACGUGUCCAAAAGCGGGAUUGUGCUCUCCAUACAGCCAAUUAUUAAGUUGCUAAAGUCCAGAGAGGCGGCGUCUUCUAUAGAUCCAAAGACAUGGCCGCCCAUACUCGAUAUCGAUGAUAAUCCAAAGCGUAAAUUGGCCGGCAUAGCCACAGUUUCUUUGGACUCCAGCGCCUAUUUGGACUUCAGUGUGUCCACCUGCGGGCGUUUGAGUGGUGUGAACAUUACUCAUCGAUCUCUGUCUAGUCUGUGCGCCAGUUUAAAACUGGCAUGCGAAUUGUAUCCUUCGCGUCAUGUCGCUCUCUGCCUGGAUCCCUACUGCGGUCUGGGCUUUGUCAUGUGGACGCUUAUUGGUGUCUACAGCGGCCAUCAUUCCAUAUUGAUAGCUCCCUACGAAGUUGAAGCAAAUCCCAGUCUUUGGCUUUCAACGCUCUCGCAGCAUCGCGUGCGCGACACCUUCUGCUCUUACGGCGUCAUUGAACUCUGCACCAAGGCGCUGGCCAAUUCGGUGCCAACGCUAAAGCAACGCAACGUGGACUUGCGUUGUGUGCGCACCUGCGUUGUGGUGGGCGAGGAGCGUCCGCGCGUCAUGUUGACACAACAAUUUUGCAAGCUAUUCCAGGGCCUGGGCCUAAACACACGCUGUGUGUCCACCUCGUUUGGUUGCCGCGUGAAUCCGGCUAUAUGCGUACAAGGUGCCAGCUCGGCUGAAAGUGCACAGGUGUAUGUGGAUUUACGGGCACUACGCAACAAUCGUGUGGCUCUUGUAGAACGCGGUGCGCCUAACUCAUUGUGUUUGAUUGAGUCCGGAAAGCUACUGCCUGGCGUCAAAGUAAUUAUCGCCAAUCCGGAGACCAAAGGCCACUGCGGCGACUCGCAUUUAGGUGAAAUUUGGGUACAAGCGCCGCAUAAUGCUAACGGUUACUUCACCAUCUAUGGCGAUGAAACGGACUAUAAUGAUCACUUCAAUGCCAAAUUAGUGACAGGUGCUACCUCGGAAGUUUAUGCACGUACCGGCUACUUAGGCUUCUUACGCCGUACUGAAUGCUCACAGGCCGCAUCCAUUCUGGACGAGACUACACCUAGCGUGGCAAGCCGUGAUAGUGAUACCGAAUCCUUAAACUCUAUGAGCCAGCUGCAGUUGAACUUCUCCAAUGCCUCAUUGGGUGGAAAUUCCGAACACAGUCUAGUGACUGCCAAUCCCAAUGAUCAGGAGCUACACGAUGCUGUUUAUGUGGUUGGUGCUUUGGACGAAGUUAUCUCAUUGCGUGGCAUGAACUAUCAUCCCAUAGAUAUAGAGAAUUCUGUACUGCGCUGUCAUAAGAAAAUUGCCGAGUGCGCCGUCUUCACUUGGACUAAUCUGUUGGUCGUAGUUGUGGAGCUUGAUGGGAACGAGUCGGAGGCACUCGACUUGGUGCCCUUAGUCACAAAUACGGUGCUGGAAGAGCACCAGCUCAUUGUCGGCGUAGUUGUAGUAGUUGAUCCGGGUGUGGUGCCCAUCAAUAGUCGUGGCGAGAAGCAACGCAUGCAUUUACGCGAUGGCUUCCUGGCCGAUCAAUUGGAUCCCAUUUACGUAGCAUACAAUAUGUAAAUAGUAUUAUUAGCGACAACUGCCGCAGCAAGCAAACAACAAUUAUUUAUUCAUCACCAAACACACUCACACAUUUAAAAACAAAUCAAAACAAAAAAAAAAACACAUUUCCUAGUAUUUGACGCAACAAGUAAGCAGAAAUAAUAUUUAGAUUUGCAUGAUUUAUAUUUAUCAAGAAUUGACAAUGUAGCUAAACUACUAAACCACUUAUUAAUCCAUUUUCCUUUGAGAAAAAUAUUAACUUACAACAUAGUUGAUACGAUUAUUAGUCUCUUUCUCUCUCACCCUCUCUCUCUAGAGAGAAAAUCCAUUUACGACUCAUUGAAACUUUAUAUAAACACAAGUGACGAGAACAAAAACAACAAUAAAGAUUUAAAUA